CGAGCCUGGGUGCUGCCUAGCACCUGGAAGAUGCCAGUGCCCUGGCUCCUGCUGUCCUUGGCGCUGGGCGGGAGCCCGGGAGUUGUCUCUCUGGAAAGGCUUGUGGGGUCUCAGGAUGCAGCGCGCUGUUCUCAGGGCCUCUCAUGCCACCUCUGGGAUGGUGAUGUGCUCUGCCUGCCUGGGGGCAUCACGCGUGCGCCGGGCCCCGUGCUGGUGCCCACGCACCUGCGGACUGAGCUGGUGCUGAGAUGCCACCGGGAGACCGACUGCGACCUCUGCGUGCGCGUGGCCGUGGACUUGGCCGUGCGUGGGCACUGGCAAGAACCUGAAGAUGAGGAAGAAUCUGGAAGAGCACUUGGUGUGGAGCAGGGGGAUGCUGGGAAUGCCCCUCUCCAGGCCCAAGUCGUGCUGUCCUUCCAGUCCUACCCCACUACCCGCUGCGUCCUGCUGGAGGUGCGCGUGCCGGCUGCCCUGGCUCAGGCUGGCCAGUCUGUGGGCUCUGUAGUGUUUGACUGCUUUGAGGCUGCUCUGGGGGCUGAGGUGCGAAUCUGGUCCUACACUCAGCCCAGAUAUCAAAAGGAACUGAACCUCACACAACAGCUGCCUGACUGCAGGGGUCUUCAAGUCCGGGACAGCAUCCAGAACUGCAGGGCCCUGCCCUGGCUCAAUGUGUCUGCAGACGGUGAUGACGUGCGUCUGGUGCUGGACGUCUCUGAGGAGCAGCGCUUCGGCCUCUUACUGUACUGGAGUCAGGUCCAGGGCACCUCCAAGCCUUUGUGGCACAGAAACCUGACCGGACCUCAGAAUAUUACUUUGAGCCAUACAGACCUGGUUCCCUGCCUCUGCAUUCAGGUAUGGCCCUUGGAGCCCGACUCAGUCAGAACCGGCUUCUGCCCUUUCAGGCAAGAUCCCCGGGCGCACCGCAACCUCUGGCGCGCAGCCCGUCUCCGCCUGCUGCCCCCGCGGAGCUGGAAGCUGGAGGCGCCUUGUUCGCUGCAGGCCGAGGUAGUGCUGUGCUGGCAGGCCCCAGGCCCAGGCCCCUGCCAGCCACUGGUCCCGCCCGUGCCCCCGGAGAAUGUCACUGUGAAUAAGGUCCGUGAGCUCCCAUUGCUGAAGGACCACCCCAACAUCUGUGUCCAGGUAAGCAACUGGGAGAAGCUGCAGCUCCAGGAAUGCCCGUGGGCUGACUCCCUGGGGCCCCUCAAGGAUGAUGUGUUACUGGUGGAGACCCGAGGCCCACAGGACAACAGAUCACUCUGUGCUUUGGAACCCCACGGCUGUACCCCACUGCCCAGCAGGGCCUCCACGAGGGCAGCUCGCCUUGGAGAGCAGUUGCUGCAAGACCUGCAUUCAGGCCAAUGUCUGCAGUUGUGGGCUGAUGACCUGGGAGCCCUGUGGGCCUGCCCCAUGGACAAAUACAUCCACAGGCGCUGGGCCCUCGUGUGGCUGGCCUGCCUGCUCAUUGCUGCUGUGCUUUUCCUCUUCUUCCUCCUCAAAAAGGAUCGCAUGAAACCCGCGGCCACCAGGGGCCGCGCGGCUCUGCUCCUCCACUCGGCGGACAGCGCGGGCUUCGAGCGCGCGUGUGCAGGGGACGGGACGCGAGGGGGCAGCGGGCACUGUGACUGCCAGGCCGGCUACGCGGGGGAGGCCUGCGGCCAGUGUGGCCUCGGCUACUUUGAGGCAGAGCGCAAUGCCAGCCAUCUGGUAUGUUCGGCAUGCUUUGGCCCCUGCGCCCGCUGCUCGGGACCCGAGGAAUCCAACUGUUUGCAGUGCAAGAAGGGCUGGGCCCUGCACCACCUCAAGUGUAUAGACAUUGACGAAUGUGGCACAGAGCGAGCCAGCUGUGGGGUGGACCAGUUCUGUGUGAACACAGAAGGCUCCUACGAGUGUCGAGACUGUGCCAAGGCCUGCCUGGGCUGCAUGGGGGCGGGGCCCGGCCGCUGCAAGAAGUGCAGCCCUGGCUACCAGCAGGUGGGCUCCAAGUGUCUCGAUGUAGAUGAGUGUGAGGCCGCGGUGUGUCCAGGAGAGAACGAGAAGUGUGAGAACGUGGAGGGGGGUUACCGCUGCACCUGUGCGGAGGGCUUCGAGCAGCUGGAGGGCGCGUGCGUGAAGGAGGAGGUCCCAGUGACGCAGGGUCAGCAGCUGCCCGGUGGAGUUGUGAGCCUGGCGCGCUGGGCAGCUGGGCGACCAGAGUCGGCGGGCUUCUUCUCGGAGAUGACGGAGGACGAGCUGGUGGUGCUGCAGCAGAUGUUCUUCGGGGUCAUCAUCUGUGCGCUGGCCACGCUUGCCGCCAAGGGGGACCUGGUGUUCACCGCCAUCUUCAUCGGGGCCGUGGCAGCCAUGACGGGGUACUGGCUGUCGGAGCGCAGCGACCGCGUGCUGGAGGGCUUCAUCAAGGGCUGCCCCACGGGCAGGCGUCUCUUGGUGGACACUCGGGACAGCUUGGUUUCUGAGAGCGGGGUGAGCACCCCAUCCCUACCCGCCUUAAGGAGCAGCGCAGACAACCUCGUCCUGGGCAGCUGUGGCUCUCGGGUGAAGAACGGCCGCGAGCUGAGCGCGCAGGGGGCCCUGGCCUGGUUCCACGCGCAGCGGCGCCAGACCCUGCAGGAGGGCGGCGUGGUGGUCCUGCUCUUCUCGCCGGGGGCCGUGGCGCUGUGCCGAGAGUGGCUGCAGGAUGGGGCGGUGGCCCCCGGGGCACGCGGCCCCCACGAUGCCUUCGCCGCCUCGCUCAAUUGCGUGCUGCCCGAUUUCCUGCAAGGCCAGGCGCCGGGCCGCUACGUCGUGGCCUGCUUCGACGGACUGCUGCACCCGGACGCCGUGCCCACCCUGUUCCGCGCCGUGCCCGUCUUCUCCUUGCCCUCGCAGCUGCCUGAGUUCCUGGGCUCCCUGCAAGGGCCCGGCGCCUCCCGCCCCAGGCGGCUCGCCGAGAGGGCAGAGCAAGUGUCCCGGGCCCUUCAGCCCGCCCUGGACAGCUGCUUCCUGUCCCCAGGAGCCCCCGGGCGGGAGACAGGACCCGAAUAAAGCAGAGCUGUUUUCCUAUCACUGUGGCCCUGGGGAGUCUCUAUGGCCA